AUGGCAUGUGGCACACAGUUGGAGUAUCUCAUGAGAAAGGACCAUCGAAAGUGUGUGUAUGGUUUUGCUUGGCCAUUUUGUCCUCUAUAUCUAGCUCUCAUCAAGAUGGAUAUCUCUUCUGAGGUUUUCAACACGAGCGACUUUAUUGCUGACGAGUUGCCAUCUACUACAUCCACCUUCCGCACAGUAUGUAUUUCUCUUGUGGUUGGCCUGAUCGUUCUCGUCACGACCGUGGGUAACAUCCUGGUCAUCGCUUCUUUCGUCUCGGACCGUCGCAUCAGGGCCGCCAUGGGCAACUGGUUCAUCUUAAACCUCUCGAUCUGCGAUCUCACCACGGGGGUUGCCGUGCUGCCGUUCAACACUCACUGGGUCAUUGUCGGUCGCUGGAGCUUUGGUGAAGCCUUCUGCAAACUCUGGCUCAUUGUGGACUUCUCCAUAACUCACAUCUCCAUUCUUAGCGUCAUCUUCAUCAGCUUGGACCGUUACUGGAUGGUCACAAAGACAUCCAAAUACCGCUCCUUUCUGUCAAAGAAAAAAGUUCAGACAAUGACCGCCGCGGCAUGGAGCGUCAUCGUGAUCUACUAUACAUUCGUGGCACUUGCCUGGGCUCCACUUACCAAGGAAAGUCCCUUUAAUUAUGACGAAGACUGUGAAUUGGAUGCCGUUUUGAACAUGUAUUUCACGAUCGUGCAAAUUAUUUUUGAAUUUGUUCUUCCCUUGAUUGUCAUCACGUAUUUGAAUCUGAUUGUCUACACUGAAAUAAAACGACGGUCGGGUGGUUUGAAAAGAAUGGCGCACGCCUCGCUCAAAAUGGAAGGAAUACAGGCACCGUCAAAAAUUCAAUCAACUAUUAAAAGGGUUCGGAUGUGUUCGGUUAAACCGUUAGGAAUUAAACACGAUGAAGCUAUGGCGUCACUCGAUUCAGGUAGUGACUAUGACAUUCGUCAGAUAGAUUCACAGAAUUCUGCAGUUGCAACCGCAGCAGAAAAUAAAGGACCUGGAUCGGCAUGUCCUGGUGAUCACGACUCGGUAAAAACAUUUCCUUAUUGCGAACAAGAACGCUCAGUCAUCGACACGUCAACAGUUAGUUCUCAUCGGCAGAUGCCGGCAGAUGUUGAGAAUAAGCGUCAUAGCAUUGGUCUGACCGAAAGUCGGAAAUCAGACCGUAGAAACCAAACAGUUACCCACAAGGAAUUCAAAAAGCACAGGAAAGCAGCAAUUACUUUGGCAGCUCUCGUUAUCGUGUUUGUCAUCUGUUGGCUGCCGUACCACAUCACUGCCGCAUGGAACAUGAUUUGUCGCGGCUGCGUCGGCGACCUUGCCUGGGAGGUUGUCAACUACAUGCUGUGGUGUAACUCCACCGUGAACCCAUUCUUGUAUGCUAUUACAAACGUUCGGUUCCGGAGGAACUUCAUUCGGUUCCUCGGAUGCCGACGGCUCCUGCGACAAGGAAGGAGACCUGUCAGUGAUACUCUCUGAUUGACUUCCGACUGGAAGAAUUGAAACUGGACUAACUGUACUUCAGCCGCCCGUUAUUCUGAUGAUG